GCGCUCUAGAAACGUCACUUCCGUAAUAAACAUCACAGCGCAGUAUGCUGUAGCGUCAUGUUUUACCCUGCAAGACGGUGGCGUUUGUUUACGUUUGUGGGACGAAUUUAAUCCUUCAUAGUAGUACUAACAAGACGGUAAAAACUAAUAGUAAUUUUACAUUUUAUGACGGUUAUUUUAGAUAAAAAGCUCGCUUCUCUCUCGAGCUUCUUGUGUGAACGCCUUGGACAAGCUUACCCCCUUUCCAGCAUCCCACACCAGCUUUUUAAGAAAAUAUGUUGGAUAAUAGAACAGAGAUAUUCUGAAUAAAGGUAUUUUGAUGUGAUACUGGAUUCCAAGUUUAACAGUUUGUGAAUAUUUGUGGAUUAUUGGAGCUUAUUUGAAUCUCCUACAGGUGCACAAGUGAAUGUCCUUCGAAGAUGAGCCGGGACACCUCCAUUCACAGCUGGCCCGGAUCCUAUUACAUCAACAGUGAGAAGAGAUGGGAAAGCGGCACCCUGUCCCUCACCCGGACCACGCUGCGCUUUGUCUCCUCCCAGAGUAAAGAGAGUCUAGCCAGCUUUCGCCUCUCCAGGAUAAUGGAGAUCAAGAUGGAGUCAUCCAGUUUCAUCUUCAGCACCCUCACAGUGCUUGAAGAGGGCAACGUGAAACACUGGUUUGGCUCCCUAAAGCCCAACAGGGUGGUGGUUUAUAAUGUGUUAGAGCAUUUCUGGAGAGAACGCCUCCUGUCUCCUAGUUCAGAGACCAGAGGGGCUGAGGGUCAACCAUCCAAAGGCAGAGAGCUCAUCAGCCUGGUGGCAGGGGCUCAAAGACGACUUGAGGACACUGGCAGAGUCCUCAGCCACCAAGGAGAGCAGUUUGACAGUAUGAUGCAGGGACUGGAGAAGAUUGACUCAGAUCUGGGAGUGGCUGAUAAGUAAUUCACUUAAUAUUUGAUUUCUUCAUAAUAUCAAACAUGUUUCAUUGUUUAGCUGUUGCUGUAAUACAAUAACAUGCCACACAUAUUAAAGGGAUAUUCCUGCAUAAAAUUAAGUUAGGGGUCAAACACACCAUAACACCAAGUUAGUCACCUCGUUGAGAGAUGAAUGUUGCCAACCACUUGCUUAUCUAGUUAUACCAACUUCAGUAACGACUGCAGAUAGCAAUACAGAGAGCCACGUGCUCAACCAAAACACCACUCUUUAGCCACAAAUAAUGCUCAGAACAGCACCUACCUUUAUCAACAGUACAUAUUGGGUCCUAGCCAUAGUACUAGCCACCAAACAUCUUUUUAACUUUGCCUAAUUUCUUUGGCAAAGGGACUAAACACAACUCACCCUCUCCCUUCCAGCAGCCGCUUGUUUGUACGGAGACCUCUGGUGACGCAGCUUCAGGAAGAACAUUUAUGAUCAUUACUUUAUCAUUUCCUUGAAGUAAUAAUCACCAUAUUAAUCAUUUUGCUCGGCAGAUGCGGUAGUUCUUCUGCCUUAGCGUCUCAGUCUGAUUGAAUAUUCUUGAGGAAAUGAUCAUAAAUGUUCUUCCUUGAGCUGCUUCCCCUCGCUGCAGUCGAUGGACUCACCCAGAGGUCUCCGUACAAACAAGCAGCUGCUGGAAGAGAGUGGGUGAGUUACGUUUAGUCUCUUUGCUUGAGAAAUCAGGCAAAGCUAAAAAAGAUGUUUGAUGGCUAGUACUAUGGCUGGGACCAUAUAUGUACUGUUGAUGAAGUUAGGUGCUGUUCUGAGCAUUAUUUGUGGAUAUAUAGUGGCGUUUGGUUGAGUGCAUGGCUCUCUGUAUUGCUAUCUGCGGUCGUUACUGAAGUUGGUAUAAAUAGAGAAGCAGGUGGUUGGCAACAUUCAUCUCUCGACGGGGUGCCUAACUCGGUGUUUCGAUGUGUUUGACCCUAACCUUAUUUGACGCCAGAAUAUCCCUUUAAUAUCAAUGAAAUAUAUCAGCUCAAAUAUUCUCCUGUAUUCUUCCCUCUUUUUAUUUUGUUGUGCAGACUUCUGUCAGAGCUUGAAUCUCCCUCCUGGUGGCCUUUUGGGAAAGUCCCCUGGAAGACUCAGCAGGAAGCAAAGGCUGAGGAUGCUGCAAGAGCUGCAGCAGCUGCGGCAGCUGGCAGAGGGUCUGGUAGAAAUAAAGUAAUCUCAAGUAUCCCGGCUGUAGUGACAAAAGGUGGGGACUCAGACUUGAAACCUGGAUGCCUGUUGGUGCUGGUGUCCUCACUGGAGGUACGAGACACCAGCUGCCAACUUCUUCACCGUUUUGAAAGAAACGAGGUCGAUGAAAUCAAGGUGCACAGUCCUUACGAGAUCACCGUUAGACAGCGCUUUAUCGGGAAGCCGGAUAUAUGCUACAGGUGCCUAUCUGCAAAGAUGCCAGAGGCACUGUCAGUUUUAGAGAUGCAGUACAAAAAGAAGGUGGAGUUUACAAGUCAGUUUGCCUCUUUUAAAGCAACUCCAAUUUCAUCUCCGUGUGACUCUGAGGGAAAAAGCUGGAAUGAAGGUAAGCAAUGAAAAUAUAAAAAAGGCAUUAUUAUUUCAUUGUUUUCAUGCUCAGUAUAAAACUCACCACUAAGUGGCAGUACAGGUUUAUAUUUCUAGCUCUAUAUUGUUUCACAGUGGAUGUGUAGCCAAAUUUAAAAACAUUUCAUCCACAUGACUUUUGGACUCGGUCAGUGGUGUCUCUCCCUGACAGAAAUGUGUUUUGAUGAGUCACUUCACCCUGACUGCCUCAGUUGCUGUACUCUGAGUUUACUGUCUGGUUUCCGCAUAAACAACAUAUGUACUCUGCACUUUUUCACUACCUCCACCCAUGGAGUCAGGUUUGCUGCCAGGGUGCCAAGAGACGGAGCUCCCACUGGAGGUCCCAGCAGGAGAUCUGUCCCAGUUGCAGGUGCAUGCUCUCCAGCCAUCUGUCAGUCAGGCUGAAGCCCAGGAGCUCAAACAGGUGAGACCUGUGUGAAAAUAUGACAUGCACUACAGUUGCAUUUAUAUUUCUGCGCACACAGUAAAUAACUAUGAUUUCAGAAACCCCUGUUUUGAUAGUUCUAUUCAAACCCAUAAUUCAGCAUAACGAUUUUCAUUUUUUUACUGUAUGUUUAAAAAGUUAUUUAGUGAGACCACAAACCAAAGUCCAUCCUGAUUUUAAGAGAGGAAAAGAAAUCUGUUCAGUCAUUUGGUUAGACUUGACAGCGUCUUUCCAUUCAGGAGCGCACAACAUGAGAACUGUUGCAGACAUGGUCUGUGGUGGCAAAACCUACACAGUGACGCAAAUCAAGCCCAUGAUUCAGACAUUUUUUAUUCCAGGUAGCCAAGAGCAAGAUAUUUCAUGUAAAAAGUUACAAUUAUACAGCACAACUAUCAAAGAUGUUUUGGUUUUGGUCUUCUCCAAUUUGGUCUGUGUCUUGCCUAAGAAGUGUGUUUAAAACCACUUAACCUGUGAUCUGUUGGUGAACCGCUCUACCUCCGGAGCCACAGUGGCUCUGGUAAAGUACAGUGCAGUUUAAAGAAGAAACUUCUCAUUUAACCGUUUGUUACAGCAGGGUUAGAUGAAUACCCUAUUCAGCUUUAAACCAGUAAAUGAAUGCUGACUUAAUUAGCCAACACUAAAGCUCUACUAGCUGGUGCCAUGACCUAGCCUGGCUGGGCCAUCCAGUUGUGUGAAUCACUUGCCGUUCCUUCCCACAACAGUCUGGACUUCGGCCAAUUGGGAGCGAGUAUUAGAUAUCAAAAUAUAAUCGGCCAAUCAGUGACUGUGUUUCCACUGUUCCCCGCACAACAGUGAGAGGCAGCCCCUGAUUGGUCCAUGUGUAGAUGGUGACAUCUAACACAUGCUGCGGGACUUUUCAAAGCGCCGUUCAUUCAGAAUGCUGUUAAUUCUGCAGUUGACUUUGCAAAGUCGGCAGAAAUCUUUUAUAUCCACAGAAGACGUAAAAGACAUUGUUUGUUUGCACACGUUGAAAUAUUACCAAACCUUUACUUGAUGCUUGAGAGCCCAGCAGGGAACACAGUUGCGCACUGUGAUAACAUCAGAUGCUUGGUUACGGUGAUCGGUUACAGUAGUCUGGCCCACUGUCCUGCAUGUUUUGGAUGUUUCCCUGCUCCAACACACCUGAUUCAAAUCAGUAGCUCGUUAUUAAGCCGUUACAGAGCUUGAUAACGAGCUGAUCAUUUGAAUCAGGUGUGUUGGAGCAGGGAAAGAUCAAAAACAUGCAGGACAGUGGGCCUCGAGGACUAGACUUGAGAACCACUGGUCUAGGGUGACCAUAUUCUGAAUCCCCAAAAAGAGGACACGACUAUGCGGGGCAGUCACAGAGUUGCGCAAAGUAAAUUUUGAGAGUUUUUCGGGCUGGGUCGAGUGUUUUUUACGCACUUCUAACUCAGUAAGUCUACACGACACGAACUCAAAACUUCCAUACAAAACACCGGACAUUUGAAGGAUUUUACAAACUCCCCCAGACAAGGCCGGACAGCCCCCCAAAAAGAGGACCUGUCCGGGUAAAAGAGGACAUAUGGUCACCCUAAUGUAGUCCUCAAUAUCUGUAACAGAUGUUACAGGGAAAUUGUAGACUAAGACUAUUUACAUCCUUUUUAUACUUUUAAAGGUGAAGAUUCCCAGAUGUGUGAAACAGUCUGCCGUUUUUUGUAAAAAAUAUGACUUUUGCAUGUAUGACAGAAUCAGGGGGAAAAAAAGGUAUUUCAUCCACUGAAGCUGCAGCACAAACUCCCUCACUGAAGCUUUAGAGAAAAUCAGUGGAGAGAAAAAUGCUUCAGUGUAAUGACUGAUGGCUUGAAAAUUAAAUUUGCUGAUACAUUAUUUUGUCUCUCCCCUGCAUAACUUGGGGGAGUCAUUGUUAACACUGGCUGCCUAAUAAAAGGCAGUGCUGGCCAGUCAUACAGGUCAGCUUGUCUGUGGUGUUCACAAAUGGCAUAUUGUCCACAGCUGAUACUAGUUAAGACUUCAAAGACUGCCAAUUUGGACUUAAUGCUAUGCUUCUGUACACACCCUGCUCUUACUGUAAUCCAUGUAGAGAUUAGAUCUACAGCUGGGUGACUUGUACAGAGGGUCACUCAGUUUAAUGUCAUGCUGUAAGUGCUUUCGCAAACAUGCCCUUUGUGUGGGAGCAUUUUUGUUUACGGAGUUGGAAAUUAGUCUUCUGCUAACAGUAGAAAACUGGCUCACUCAUAAAAGCGCCGAAGCAUUUCUUUUGGUUUCACGUUUGUGUUUUUUAUUAUAUCACGACUCUGACAUUACAGCAGCCACGCUCAAGACACUAAGCAUUUAGCUCAUGUAUUUUUCUAAUAAUUCUAGCCUAAAUGUUUAAUUUUAGGGGGUUUCUACAUGACUUAAAUCCUCUAACCAUCGUAUAAGCAGCAGCUAAAAAUAUUCAUUUUCUGUGUUUUUAUAUGACACACCAAAUCUCCCGUGAAUGUGAACUGCAAGGUGUGACUCAAUCAUGUGCUCCUGCUUGAAAUUGUGAAGUCAGAAACCCGAGUGAGUGAAUACAGUCGUUCCACGGUGUGCACUGACAUACUAUCUGUUUUCAAACUACUCUCCGGAGCUGUUUCUGUGCUUAGUGACAUAAUGUCAAUGGGUGUGUGAGUGUGUGUAGCAUAACAUAAUAUUAGUUUAGAAACCAUGGUGGUAGGGUUUGGAGGACUGUUUAUUAGGUUUUCCUUGGCACAUCGCUGUGUAUUUAAGUUGUUCCAUCACACAUAGCAUACACAGUUCUCUAAAUCCUCCGAGAGCUGAAAACAAAUAGUAUUAUAUGAUCCAAGAAGAUAAGCCAAGACAUCCCUCUGAAUAUCUUCUAAUGUUGCAUAUACUGCACUAUGUUAUGCCAUGUGAUUAACUCUCAUUGCAUCACGGCUGGUGUUUUCUGGCAACGUUCCUCUUUCAUCUGAGUACAUGAAGCAGCAGGCUGUUUUCUUUAAAUCUGAGUUUAGUGAAAUUUCACUCACUCGUCCUUUUCUGUUUUAUUAUGCUCUCACUUUCUAACUCACUGACCCCGUCUUUACACCUCUCCACAUAUGGUCCACAUAUUCCACCCCUGCAACUGCUCCCCAUGCCUUCUAUGUAUUUAAUCUUCUUUAAUAUGUGUCCUGCUCCUCAGUAGUCCAUGUUCACCGGGGGACUGCUCUAUAAUUGAUUAAACAACUGACUGUGUGUUUGUGUGUGUGCGUUUGCAGAUGCUGAUGCAGCUGAAGAAUCUCGCCCUGGAGGCAGAAACCGAGCUGGAACGUCAGGAUGAAGUUCUGGACGUGCUGACAAGCUCCACUGACCGAGCCACCAUGCACAUAGAGAAGCACACCUGCCGCAUGAAGAGACUGUUGUAGCUCUGGGGGACAAGAGGACACAUGAGGUCGCCACGUCCUUCUCCAGAAAUGCACAGUAAGCUUCCUGAUCGUCCUCACUGGACUGGUGGUUUGGCACAUUGUGGGAACACUAGCGUAAGAAGCAGGGACCCUGAAGAUGCUUUUUUUUGUUGCAGUGGUUGUUUCAAUCACAUAAUCACAUGGGUGUGAGUUGCUGUGAUUUCUAGUAAGUGCAUCAAAGGUCGCUAAAGAAAUUAGCCUAUCAGUGAUGAUGAGUUGUGCUCUACGAUAAUUACAACCUCAUCAACUCACACAGCUUAAUGGUUCAGUGUCUUCUAGAGGGAGGUGUGGGCACGCUCAGAUGAUUGAACCCCAUCAGCAGUGGCAGUUAUAGAUCACUUCAUUGUCUGCUCUUUGGUGCCCUCUAUUGAUCAGUGAUAGAACAUGAGACACUCCAUGUAUUAAAGUUGACACUACAGUUUACACCUUCUCUAAACCUGGUUUGAGACAAUGAGAUGACUACAACAACAGUGAAAGGGAAAAUAGACAUAAAAAACAUUAUUUAUUCACUCUGUACCAACUUCAACACAAAUUGCAUGUUGUGUCCUUGGCCUUUAUUUAUAAAACAGAUGAAGAGGAAUGACUUCAAUCAUUUUCAAGCAAAGGCCGGUGGAAAAAUAUUCACAGUGUCUUCAUAGACUUCCUAAUAAUGAUGAAAAAAAGAAUCCCUUCUUUCCAUUUUACAAACAUUUCUGUCCUGAUGACUCGUCUUUCUCAGGUUUUAUGUGCCAUCUAUCCUCUCUGUACACAGUUUCCCGGUAGCUUCACGAUGCAUGUCCCAUAUACUGCUCUGUAUUGCAUCGAAUUAAAGUAUUUCAUCAGUAAAAACGAUUAUAAAAAGACUGUAAAUGUGUAUGUUAAGAGGUCUAGGACUUAAUACUGUAAAGAAAGGUGUAGGAAAAGUUUAUGUGAGAUGCUCUUUGAAAAAUAGUCCCUCCUGAGGACAACAUGUACUGUAUAUGCCCUGCUUAAGAUGGAAACUAUUUAAAACCUGUAUGCCUGUAAAGACUGACAUGAAUUAUUUCUGUGUUUUAAUGUCUGUUCUAACUGUGAACUUGCUUUUAGUGAACAUGAAUAUCUCCCCCAUGUUUUUAGAGGAAUGAUUCCAGUGUGUAGAUGAAUCCAUACAAUGAGCUUUAAAUAUGAAAUAGACACACACAAAUCUUUCUUAUGGUUAACAAAUGAAUAGAGUAAGGAAAAUCACUGGCACUGUAAGUACCGGAAGGAACUUUUGAAAGUGAGCGAGUCAUCAUCACAAAUGUCUAUCAUAACAUCAUUUUCAAACGGUGUCUGAAAAUAUCAUGAAUAAAAUCUGUGGCUUGAUAAUGAACUA